AUGUCUCCACCAUUAGUAUUAUUCUCAAUUGGAAACCCGGGUCCUCAAAAUAGACACUCAGCAGGUCAUAUGAUGCUUAAGCUACUAAUAGAAAAUACAUCAAAUGUUAAACAAUUAAUAUCAAAACUGACUUAUUCAAUAACUAACAAUUCUGAUAAAUCAAUAUAUUUUAUAAAAUCAAAUACAUAUAUGAAUGAAAGUUCAAAAGCAAUGGAGAAAUUUUUGGCGGUGGAAAAUAUACCUCAAGGUUCAUUAAUACUAAUAUUAUAUGAUGAUUUUGAAACUAAUUUACCGAAUAUAAAAUUAUCAAAUUUAAAAAAAAAUGAAAGUCAUAAUGGUAUAAAAAGUUUACAAAAAUUUACAAAUGAUAAUACUAGUAGGUAUAAUUGGCUAAAAUUGGGUAUAUCCAUUGGUCCCAAACCUGUUAAUGCUAGUAAAGAAAUUAUGAGUUCUUGGGUAUUAAGUCCUUUUACAUUAGAACAAAAACAAUUAUUUAUGAAUAAAUCUCUCGAUUUAUGUUUAUUUUAUUUAACUGAAAUAAUUGAAAAAUUUAAUGAAAGUGAAGAUGGACAAUUAGGAGAUAUUGGGAAAUUAGAUGUAAGGAUACGAAAGAUGUAUAAACAAUUUAAUCCUGACGAUUGA